CUCACAGCCAUCCAAGUAGUUCGCUAGACCUCUGUCUGUAUUGGCCCAGGCACUUCUACCAAGCAGAAAGCUUAUCGAGGCAGCUUUGAUUAAAGAUGACAUCUCUGCUCACUCAAGAAAUUCGCCUUUCUAUAAGACAUGAAGAAAUAGUAUCACAAAGAUUAAUGUUACUUCAACGAAUGGAGAAUAAACCUGAAGAUCAAAACAAGGGAAGGGCCUCUCAGACACAAGCAGCUAAGGCUGCUUUACAAAGGAAUGUUAGUCUUUUAAAGGAUAUAGAAGCGGCAGAGAAGUCUCUACAGACCCGGAUUCAUCCAGUUCUACCACCUGAGGUGGCUGCUCUUGAGACUCUUUACUGGGCAUCAGUAGAAGAAUAUAUUCCCAAAUGGGAGCAGUUUCUUUUAGGAAGAGCGCCGUAUCCUGCUAGUAGUGAAAAUGGAAAUGAAGCAGAAGAUACCAUUCCAAAGAGGGCGAAGCAAUAG